AUGAGUAAAAGUUUCCGAAUGAUCCAACUUAAUGUGAUGAAGCGCGGCGAGAUUCAUGAAAGCUUGAUGAACGACAAAGCGAGUCGGGAUGCGACGGUACUGGCCAUACAGGAGCCACAGGCGAGGAUUAUCAACGGUCGCCUCCUGACGACUCCUAUGGGGCAUCAGGGGUGGACGAAGAUGGUCCCGUCGACGUGUAGGGAGGGCAGAUGGGCGAUUAGGAGCAUGCUGUGGGUGAACGAGGAGGUAGAGGCGGAACAGUUACGGGUAGAGUCGCCCGACGUGACGGCGGCUGUUGUUCGGCUCGAAGAACGGGUGGUAGUAGUGGCAUCGGUGUACGUUCCAGGAGGUGAAAGGCAUGCUCUGCGGAGCAUAUGCGACGACCUGCGACGGAUAGUGUUGGACGUGAGACAGCGGGCGGAUAGAUUGGUGGACGUGGUCAUUGCUGGCGACUUCAACCGACACGACCAGCUCUGGGGAGGAGAUGAGAUAUCAAUGGUCAGACAGGGGGAGGCGGACGCGAUUAUCGACCUCAUGAACGAGUUCAGCCUAAGCAGUUUGCUACCGCGUGGCACAAAGACGUGGCAGAGAGGAGAACACCAGUCGACUAUUGACCUUGUCCUGGCAUCCGAGGAACCGACGAAUGCAGUGGUCAAAUGCGCGAUACAUGAGACAGAACAUGGAUCGGAUCAUAGGGCUAUUGAGACGAUUUUCGACAUUUCGAUGCCUGAACCGGCACCACGGGAGCGCUUACUCUUCAAGAACGCGCCCUGGAGGGAGAUUAAUGCUAGGAUCACGAGCACACUGGAGACGACACUCUGCCAAGGAACAGUGCAGGAGAAGACAGACAAACUCAUGUUGGUGGUGAUGGAAGCGAUUCAUGCCCUGACACCGAAGGCCAAACCAUCGCCGUACUCGAAGCGGUGGUGGACGACCGACUUGACACAGCUUCGCCGCAUCUAUUCGUAUUGGAGGAACCGGGCCCGUGCAGAGAGACGGGCGGGGAUAGCCAGGGCAAAUCUAGAGGAAAAGGCAAAGGCCGCUGCAAAACAGUACCACGACGCGAUCCGGCAACAAAAGAGAAAGCACUGGAAGGAGUUUCUGGCGGACAACGACAAUAUUUGGAAGGCUGCCCGAUACUUGAAAGCAGGUGACGAGGAGGCGUUCGGCAGAGUGCCGCAGCUCGUCAGACCGGAUAAAACGACGACGACGAACAACACAGAGCAAGCGGAGGAGCUACUUACCACCUUCUUCCCUGCCCUGCCAGACGACAUUGAAGACGAGGGUGACAGACCGCAGAGAGCAGCCAUAGACAUGCCUCCCAUUACGAUGGAAGAAGUGGAACGGCAACUGUUUGCGACAAAGUCUUGGAAGGCGCCCGGCGAGGACGGGCUUCCGGCGGUGGUGUGGAAGCAGAUAUGGCCGGCCGUGCAGCAAUGGGUGCUGUCGAUUUUCCGAACAUCUCUGGAAGGUGGAACGUUGCCUCACCAGUGGAGACAUGCGAAGAUCAUACCGCUUAAGAAACCGGGCAAGGACAACUACACGCUGGCAAAGGCAUGGCGACCGAUUUCACUGCUGGCCACACUGGGUAAGGUCCUGGAGUCGGUAGUGGCGGAGAGGAUAUCACAUGCAGUCGAAUUCUAUGGGCUGUUACCGACGAAUCACUUCGGAGCGAGGAAACAACGAUCGGCCGAGCAAGCGCUCUUGCUCCUCCAAGAGCAGAUCUACACGGCAUGGCGAGGCCAUCGUGUGCUCAGCCUCGUCAGCUUUGACGUGAAAGGAGCGUACAAUGGAGUGUGCAAGGAGAGACUGAUCCAGAGAAUGAAAGCACGAGGCAUUCCGGACGACCUGCUUCGAUGGGUAUCGGCUUUUUGUUCUGACCGCACAGCAACGAUCCAGAUCAACGGGCAGUCGUCGGAGUCUCGGAUCCUACCCCAGGCAGGCUUACCUCAAGGGUCACCGUUGUCCCCGAUACUGUUCCUCUUCUUCAACGCGGAUCUAGUGCAGAGACGCAUUGACAGCAACGGAGGAGCGAUGGCCUUUGUCGACGACUUUACAGCUUGGGUCACGGGGAAG